CACCAAGGACGUCACAUGAGUGACUCAUGCACGAAACACUCACGGACCUGUCAUGUGAUAUUUUUCUUACUUCAGAUCAAUCGAUUUUUAAAGUCGCCAGCAAUCAUGGGCGCGUCCGCUUUACCAAUUAUUAUUUUCUCGGCGAUUUUCGGCGUGGUUGGCAUCGUUUUGCCAAUCAUCGCUCCGAAGGGACCCAACCGAGGAAUCGUGCAGUGCGUCCUUAUAUUGACCGCGGCCACCUGCUGGUUGUUCUGGCUCUGCUGCUACAUGGCCCAGAUGAAUCCACUUAUCGGACCCAAACUUCAUCAGAACACUAUCCUGAUUAUGGCACGUGAAUGGGGCAAUCCUCUUCCUGAUAUGGAAGGUUUUGUUCCUGAGCACGAUCCGGCAGAUCACUAGGUUGGGUCUCAUGCUAUCCAAGGGAUAUACACAUUCCCCGUCUCAUCCAAAAUGAAGAAAAACAAACAUCAAUACAGUGGGGUACCCGAUUCUGAAAUCGACCUGCACAUCAAAAUUAAAUAAGAAAUUAACAAAUCCUAUUUCAUUCGGUGACGCAUGAGCAUUGGGUGUGGAAGCUGUAAGAUCGAUCCGCUCGGCUCGAUGAAUUGUUCUCAUCGAGCUCCACCAAAAUGCUUGUGUAGUUUUAAUUGUUAAGAAAUUUCCUGUCGCGAUAAUGAAAAAAAAAAAUAUAUAUACAUAUUGUAUUCUGAUAAUCAAAGAAGCAAGAGCACGCAUAUUUUGUAAAACAAAGCAAAUGCAGUAUUGAGGUGAUUAAAUUUCCCUCACCUAACGAAAAAAAUUAUGCAACAAACGUAAAUUACAUACAUACAAACAGUAACACAAAAUUUAAUAAACUUUUCUUAUUACACACAGUUAUAAAAGUAAAAGAGAAGAUGCAAACAAUCGUUUGAGUAAGCAGAAAAUGAUAGCGAUGAUAUUAAGAUGUACUAUUUUCCAGCCAAACAUUCAAUAUUGUAGUAGCAAAAAAAGUAUUGGAACAAAACACAUACACACGAAGAAAUAUGAUAAAGUUAAAAUACUAAUCACGAGUACCAUACAUGUAUGUUGCAUACCAAGCAGUAGAGUCAAUAAAAUAUAUGCCGGUAGAUGAAAUCAUAUUUUAAAAAGCAUA